UAUGGGGAUGAGAGCUGCGAUGGUCACCAACUGCCCCUCUAUCAAUUCAUUCGCGGCGAGCCUCGGCUUCCACGUCUUCGGAACCGAAGACUUCGCCGCGCAGUCCGGUUCAGACAGCAGCAGCUCCAAGGACGUUAGAGUAAUCAGCCGCGCGUUAGGCCUGCUAGGAUUCUCAGAGGGGUGUGUCCAGGAUUCCUCCGAAUUCGACCUAGUGUUUGUGCAUGUUGCGACGGAGAACACGGCCGGCAAGCUGGGGAAACUAGGAAUGAGGACGGAUCUCAACCGGCUCGACAAGUUGGUGGCUGCGGUCAUGGAAGCUGCGCCGGCCGGUUCACCUGUCGCCGCGCGGGUUCAUGUGUCUGUGGUCCUGAGCUAUGGGUCUGCUACUGGAAACAAGGAAGAGGCGUGCCUCAUUGUGAACUCGUCGACGGAAACUGAUUCUGACUUGAAGUUGCUCCGUCCGCGCCAGAGCUACACCAUGAAAGCAGGGAACAUGUUGGAUGAUGUCAGGAAUCAUCAUCCAAUGCUACUGGCGCAGUGGCAGGAAGGAGUAACUCGUUCUGAUUUGGCCAAACAGUUCUCUUUUGAGGAAUUUAUAAAGCACGCCGGAAACUUUGCUAUGCUUGCGGAGCGCUUUCUGCAUGAAGUUGCAUUUAAGCUCUGGAAAGCACCAAAAUAUGGAGCUUAGUUCUGUCUGAGGAGGUUCUCUCUUAAUAAGGAUGCUAGAUGAGUACUUUUUUCAAACGGGUACUGCGCAAGUGCAGAUAUUGCAAAUAAAUGAGCUCUGUAAUCUCCUAAGGUCCUCAUUUGGUACUAUCCAUGUUACAUGCCGCAAUAUACCAAGGACUUGUAACAUGUGCUGAUACAUGUACCUGUAAUGUUGAUCAUAUUCCUGCAAACGAUGACUGGUAGGAGAAUUAAUUUUAAUAAGAACAACUAGUGUACUAGAGUUUCCUGUA